AUGGUUUCCCCCGGUACGCAGAGGGCAGUGGGGAAGGGGUGUACCCAAUGCCCUUCAGGAAAGUCCGGCGGCGCCCGCAGGCGUCACCGCGUCGAUGACAGGCGAGCCGCCAAGGGUUUCUCCCAACCCAAACAACCACCACCCCAGACGUUUUGGAAUGCACCACCAGACCUCCCUCCCACCAGCAUGUGCCACCACAGUUACCGAACCAACCUCGUCGUCGCCCUGAGGCCACCGACACGAGACAUGGAGGAGGGACGAGGAGCCAACGGGCUCGGAGGCAUCCGCAACUCAGCCGACGGGAGGGGACAACCACCAGCGUCAGAGAAGAAGUUCUGCCGCAACAAAAACAGGCUGGAUUACCAAUUGUUCUUCCGCACGAGAGGUGCCUUCAGGGUCGAUGAUGAUUCUAUUGACAGACUCAGUUUGAAAGCCUCAACUACCAAGCUGACAGUGUACCUGAUACUAUCUGUGGUCGUGCUUCUACUCACAGUAAGCAGGCUGCAGUUCCCAAGAAUAGUCAAACUAGUAGACUGCACUCUUGGUAACAAAAUAGUAUUUUGGCGUCGAGUUAUUAUGAACUUGUGCAUGUUGGCUGCAAUGGUAUUGCCCAUCGUCACUUCUCAUGGCGAUGUAAGAGGGGCGAUGAUCAUGUUAGACAUAUUUGGUCUAAUGAUAGCGUCAUUUGGCAACCUCCAGAUUCCUGCAGCAGUAGUGCGCAUUGGGCUAGCACUGUGGGGCCUUAUAGUUAUAAGGCAAUACUCACAUGAUGAUCAUGAAAAUGUUGACCAGACAAAUCUUGGGAAAUCCCAGUUAAUCUUUUAUUUGAUGGUGCUUGGCCAGGGAAUACUCUAUAUUGUUGGUGGCCUCCUUGAGAUUUUCUCGUUCAUCCUACGGCGAUCCCUCACCCGUCAUGCUGGAUUUAGAGGUCCCCAAGGAUUGGAAUAUGUCAAUUUAUACUAUGCAUAUGUCUUCGACAAAUGCAUGAAAGGGGCUGUGCUUGCUCCAGAGAAGACUAGCCUCAUCACAUUUGCUGUGGAUUCUUUAAAUUCAGGCUCACCCAAGAAGCAACUCUAUGGGCUUAAGAUGCUGCUCACCUUUCUCGAAAAGGAUCCCUUAAAGACCAAAGCCAUAUCGGAACUCACCACUUCCAUAAAGACAAUGACCUGCUUGAUCAGCAUGUUGGGUUGGACGUGUGAAGGGGAUAAAGAUAUUAGAUUAUGUGCUGCAAAGGUCACAGCCAAGCUCGCAGAUAACCUCUACAUUGUCCCUAUCCCUGGGGCAAUGCAGCUCAUAGCCUCACUUCUGGACACUACUCACCGGCAGAAAUUAAAGGAUCCUCUUCUGGACAUUGGCAGCCCUAAGGCAAAACAGGAUAGUCCGAUUCAACAAGUUAGAAGGAAUGGACAUACCUCCCCGAUGCUUAAAUGGUUGAAAGAGUUGUCAAUAUACUGUUUGAUUCCAAGGAAGGAGCCAACUAACAUGGAUGAACAAAAUUCCCAUGUACUCCGAUGCUGGAAGCGGAUUACAAAACGUUGGUCUGUUCCAGAGGAGGAGCCAUCGACAGAUCAAGAUCACCUACCUUUGUUGGGCAUGUUAAUUCUUGGCAAGCUUGCCAGCUUUGAUCUUGAGAACUGUAUAGAAAUCAGCAGAGCAACUGGCCUCAUCUCAAAGAUCAUAGAGUUCACAAGCAGCAGAACUGAAAUGACUAAUAUUAAUGAGACACAGCAGGCACUGCUGAAAGGUUCAUCACUGGAGCUGCUGACAAGAUUUUCAAGUACUAAAGGGGAAUUUGGUGUAAUUAUGCGUCAGAGGAUUUCAGAACAUCCCUUCCUUUUGAGCCAUCUUGCAGAUAUCUUGGAUGACAGUGGGAGUAGCCAAGAACUUAGGGAGCUCACGUCAGAACUCCUUAGAAACCUGGCCAUGGAGGGAAAUACAAAGGAGGAGAUUGGACAAAUCCGAGUGAUCAUUAGCAGGUUGAUGCAUGCAUUUCUCAGCCAAGAUGCACUCUCAAGUACGGAUUCAGGUCAGCGGCUACGAAUGAAAUCAGGACAAGCACUGGCAGUAUUGGCAAUGGAGAGUGCGAAUAACUGUUCCGUUAUGUUAGAAGAACCAGGGUACGUAUUCAUCAAGGAACUCACACUUAUGAUCCAUAGUGACAGGUACAGGUACGUAGCAUCAAUCUUGUUGCGGAAUAUGUGUGUGCAUGUUCGACCAGAGCUUUUCAACUCUGACCUGAAGGAAAUCUCCUACAUCGUGAGAGAGGUACUGGAAGGAAUAAUGGAUGCAGAAGGGAAAGAACUGGAGGUCCUUGUUGAUCUUAGUUCACAAAUAUAUAAUGCCACUCCAGACGAUUUUGCGCGAGAACUAGAGCAUGGUCAGAUUAAGGAGACAUUUAUAAAGAGGCUUGUCAAUGCACUUAACUCAAAUAUGGUACCCACUGCUCACUGUCCCGGCAUCAGGAGGGUGAUAGUUGAACAUGCCAUAUACAUGAUGGAAUCCAAUACGGUCUAUGCUAGCUGUUUCAAGAACUGUGGGAUGAUGGAAGCACUACUAGUGGUAGAGCGUACACCUUCAAGGGCUGAAAACUACAGGUUCUUCUCAGGUGAUGCAGGACUCAUGGAGCACAGCAUACCUCUAUCCACACUUGUGGCUAGAGCAAAAGAACUGAUGGACCGCGAGUAG